AUGCCGUUACUCAAAGAAGAUUGUCCGUGUUGCACACCGUAUGGCCUACACCGCUUUCCUGGUCGUGUCGGGGACGAAGGUGUUCGGAAGGUGUGGAUAAAAAAUCUCAACAGGAAGGACUUCAUACCCAAUAAAAACAGCACGGAGGCAGAGCAGCUUCAAGAUCUCACCAAGUUCCCCUUCACUGCUGUCACUGUGAAGAGUGAAGAUGAUGAAGAGGAAGCUCAGUGCUCACAGCUUCAUCAGAGCCAAACUGAGGAGAACAGAGAGGCAGAGCCUCCAGCCAGCAGCUCCACUGAACAGAUGAAAACAGAAGCUGAUGGAGAGGAAGCAGCCAGGAACUCAGAUCCAGCUGCUGAUUUCCAAGCAACUAGUGAGGGCCAGCUCCUCUCUUCACACUCUUCUGAAGCUGAGACUGAUGACAGUGAUGACUGGGAGGAGAGCAGAGAGCCUCAGUCAGGUUCAAACCCACAGAGUGAACUCCUUUUCAGUGAUGAUGGAUCUGAUGAUGCAGAGAAACCAUCUUCCUGCUCUGUGAGCAAGAACACAGGAGAGAAACUGUGGAGCUGCUCUCUAUGUGGUCAAAGCUUUACACGAAAAGAAACUUUAACCAGACACGUGAAGAUGCACAAGGGAGAGAAACCAUUCAGCUGCUCAGUCUGUGGUAAAAGUUUUGCACAUAAACAACACUUCAACACACACAUGAGAGUUCACACAGGAGAGAAACCAUUUCACUGCUCUGUCUGCGGUAAAGGUUUUGCAAAUAACAAUAGCUGCAAAAGACACACGAGAAUUCACACCGGAGAGAAACCGUUCAACUGCUCACUCUGUGGUAAAGGUUUCAUGCUGAAACAAAGCUUCAUUAUACACACAAGAAGUCAUACAGGAGAGAAACCAGUUAGCUGCUCUGUCUGCGGUAAAGCUUUUACAGAUAUUAGUAACUGCAGAAAACACAUGACAAUCCACACCGCAGAGAAACCAUUCAGCUGCUCUGUCUGUGGUAAAGGUUUUACACAGAAACGAAACAUCAACCUACACAUGAGAAUCCACACUGGAGAGAAACCGUUCAUCUGCUCUGUCUGCGGUAAAGGAUUUACACGUAAAAAUAACCACAAAAGACACAUGAGAAUCCACACAGCAGACACUUCUCCAUCUGUGGUAAAGGUUUUACCACAGAGAAAAAUGUCAGAAAACACAUGAACUUGCAACAUGAAAGCAAAUGUCAGAAAACAGGAGCGAGUGUGUGUGAGAGCAGCAGGUGAAGCUGCAGAGCUGCAGGUUGAACAUCUGAACACUGCUCACACAGACUAAUGUAGUCAGCACUGCUGCACAAAACAGUUUUAUGUUCCACGAUCUGAGGGACAAUGAGCAACAACGCCAUAUUAACUAAAAGCAAUAGUAUUAAUGAUUACAGCAACAAUAAGAAAUCUGUUUACUUCUCAUGCAGCCCAUCAGCUGACACUACUGUGACAUUUUCUCCCCCUCAGCAGAGAAUGAUGUGCCCAGGAGAUAUAUGCUCAAUUUGUAUGUCUGUAUUUAUUGUUGUAAUAUUUUUGUAGGACUAAUGUGCUUAUUCAUACAUUCUGUUUCUUAAACCUUGUUUGGAAAAGACGCUUGGCUUCCGAGUCUGAUGGAAAGUUUUAAUGUUAGUUUG